UUCAAUCUAUCAGAAAGUGUAUACUCCAGUGUAUCUGAUUUCUGAUAAGUUGAAAUCGUGUUUUGCUAUCGCUAUUCCUUCGCAUUGUGUUUAAGGCUUAAAAGGAGGAAGGACUAUGAAUACGUGUGCCCAGUGAUCUUUACUUGGGAACGCGGUACUGUGGAUUUUUAUAAGAAAUCAGAAAUCCACCGGUCAGAAGAAGAAUUUUGUAAAGAGAGUAAUGUGGAGCAAUGUCGAUACAAACAAAAGGGCUGGAAUUAAACAAAUGCAUUUUCUCUCGUUUAUGGUACACAUCUCUAAAUAUUUUCAAUAUAAACAAUGAUAGCAAUUUUUUGAAUGAAUUCCAUCACAACUGUUGUAUUGACUUAACAGAAUUGGAAACUGUAAUCGAAAGUUUGAUACAUUCCCCAAAUGAAGAGCAAUAUCAAUGGAUCGCUUAUGUAUUACUGUGGAAACUUAUAGAUAACAAGUCAGCUAAUGUUGACUGUAGUAUACAGUCCAAUAUUCAGACACAAUUUGAUUGCAUACAAAUAAAAAAUGCAAUAGAGCUAUGCAGUAAUGUACCAGACUGUUUACGUAAGGAAUUGUUAUUAUUUCUUCAAGAACUAAGCACACAAUGUAGCAUAAAAUAUAUUUCGAGUAUUAUGUUCCAACAAAUCCUUAUAUUCGUAAAAGAUAACAUAUGUAUCAAUACUGAAAUUGUGUGUUGGAUUAUAAACAAAUUAAUAUCUUUCGUUCCAAGCGAUACUGCUAGAGAUUUACAAGAUAGUUAUUUUUCUACUUUGAAGUCAUACUUAGAAGUCAUACACAUUCCACCUAGAAGAAGGUGGCACUUAAAUGAUAUAAUAGCUCAUUCGUCUGAAACUGAUUUAGCUACUCGCAACAAGUCUCUACAAAUGGUUCUACACUUUUUGUCAAAAAUAGAUAUAGAUACAGAUUCGCAGAUCGAAUUUCUAAAAACGGUUUGUCCUACACUUUCAAAAUCGUAUAUUAAAAAUAUUAAACUUGCCUUAUAUUCAAAGAAAAAUGAUAAGUUGUUAAGUGAAUGGCUCUUAUUUUGGAAUAAAACACACGUGUGUUUUGAAAGCACUGUUACUUUACUUACGGUAUAUAAAAUAUGUGAAAGUGUAUUUGAAUUAACAGAAGACUCUGAAAUUCUUUUGUGCAAACAAGAAUUACUUAAAAGAACAAGUGCAAAAAAUUUACAUUGGUUGAACGGUAUUUUGGAUAUAUGUUGUAUCUUGACUAUGAAAGGAAGAUAUAGUGAAGUUGAAUUAUUGUUAUCGUGUAACUUGUUAAAAAGAUUAUAUCCAGUGUUAUUAUUUAAAGUAUUAAAUGAUUGUCCACAGGAAAUAAUGAAUACUCGCGAAAGCUAUGACAAUGGUAUUUCUAUCUGUGAGUGCAUCAACUUCUUCUUGGAGAAGUGUCACCUCGAUCUAUACAAUGAUGAUCAUUUAAACAAAUUAUAUGCGCUCUUAAAAAAUUAUAUUAGAAUUGUAGUAUACAUUUUACAGUGGAAGAAACAACAUUUUAUAGAUAUGAAAUUAAGUGCCAAAGAAUCAAAAAAUUCGCAAUCUGAUAUGAUUGAGCAGACAGUAUCUAUAAAACAAAUUUUAUCUCUUUUGCAAAAACACAAUAUACUUUUUGUCUUGAAACUAAUAACAGAUAUACAUGAUCAGGAUUAUAGUGACAUUCAAGAUUUAGUGAAAGAGGUGUCUCUGGAUCAGUCUAUGAGUUUUCAAGCAUAUUGUUGCAUAAUAAGCGUCUUAAAAGCCAUUUUUUUAUGUGAAUUUUAUAACGUGGAACAUAAACAAAUUAUUAAAUACUUCUCUGACAUGAUGUCACACUUAUCUUCUUUGUUUCCUCUGUCAUUAAGAAUAGAAACAAUGGAAAAUAUAUUUUCUUUAUUAUUUUUACGUUAUGAAGAUUUCAACGUUACAAAAGAUGAUUGCAAUAUUCGUAAAUCAAUAGAAUAUGAGAAGUCUGGCUUCAUAGCUAAUAAAUAUGCUGUAAGAGACAUGCUAUACUAUUUAUGGAAGAGUACUUUGAUUGCAACAGAAGAAAUUGAUAAAUUACAAGUACUCGGAUCGCAUAAAGAAAUGCAACAGCUUCGCGAAAAUGUAUCCACCUUUACGUCAACAUUGAUAGAUACUCGUUGGAGAUUGAAAUUUCAUAUGGGACUUUAUUUUUUUGAAAAUGUUGGUACGCCACAAGACGAGUCUGAUAAUCCCUCUGGUGUAAAUAAAUUAGAAUCUAUAAUCUCUCAAAUACCGAGUUUUCCACAUCGCAUCACAGGGGACACAUUUUUUUAUAAAGGAGACAGUACCUCCGAUGAAAUUAAAGUUAAAUCUGACAGUAGUUCGGAGUCUGGUUUAUUAAGUAAAAAUAAACGCAGAAAAUGUUCACGAAUUACUUCAGAAAAGACGGAUCAUUUGAUAAUGAAAGAUAAACUGUCCUUAAUAAAUUUAAUGUUAGCCUCGAAAGAAAGUCUGAUUGUACAUUGUUUAUGGAAAGGCAAUUUUCAGAAAGCGCAAGAGGUAGUUGAGAUGUUUCACAUGGAAAACACACAAUUGGAUGGUGAGAUUCGAUUUUCAGAAGCACUACACACGUUUAAGCAGAAUCUAUAUAAACAUAUUCAUACUUUAGACUCAAUAGAUUCCUUUAAAGAAAGCUCAAAAACUUCUACAUUAGAGAAUAUAAAAUUUGCUGCACAGGAAGGUGUACAGUCCUCUAAGUAUAUCAACCAACUUGAAACAUUUUUAGCAUCUCAACAAGUACAUUUACUAAUAUUAGAUACAAAUAUUCUACGUAGCAACGAAAUAUUAACUCUUAGCGCGCUGGAUCUAAGUUUGACUAUGGGUCAAACAUAUCAGAUCUCGAGUAAUCUAUGUGAUGUAGCGAUGAAGUAUCUAAAACUCUGUGAAACGUUUGACAGCACAGGGCAUGCGAGUUUCUUUUCAAAAAUUUAUCAAUUGUUUUACGAAAAUAGAAAUAAUGUGUCUGUGAAUGUUAUACUGUGUGACGCCAGAAUUCCAUUAUAUGUAAAGGAAUGGAGAGAAAACGAUGCCACUUGGAACGAAUUUGAGAAUAAUUAUCACAUGCUAUAUGAUUUCAAAAAAAUAGAGAUUAUGGAGACGCAAUCUUGCAGCAAUAAUUAUAUUUUAGGAUUAAAAACGAUAAAAAAAAUAUCUGAUAUUUUUGAUAGCAAAAAAUAUCUUUACAACAUCUACUUGUAUCUACAGCUUAUAUCUACUAUCAUCCCAGAUGACACUAAUAUACAAAUAAUAUCUGAUUUAUUAAAAACUCCAUUACAUCAUUAUUUUGGAUAUCAGAUAUUCGAUUUGAAUACAGAGCCAGAUAAGCUCGAAAAGAUCGCUUCUAAUUUGCAAGUGAACUUAAUAUAUAGUAUGCUUGUAAACGCAUAUCCGAAUAUUUCUUGUUAUGAUAAAAAAAAGUGCAGUAGUAUCAAAGAUUCGGAAUACAUUAUACUGAAUAAAAAUCAAGAAGAAUUGGGUGUAAAAAAUGUAAUAAAAAGACCAAAUCAAUAUAUUUCGGAAAUAUUGACAGAGCUUCUACAGAUUUUAUGCAACGUAAGUUCAGGACGAUCUCAUCUGGAUAAUUCGUACUUGAGAAGUAUUUCUGAUCAUACAGAUAUACGAAUAAUUCUAAACAAAACAUCGAAUCUUGCCAGUCUCGAUCUCGGCGAAUUAUCUGUAGGAGACGAAACAUUGACGUUUUUUUUGAAUGUUUGGAACGUUAUGUUUCUUCAUGCGAAUUUAGAUGUAUGGUCCAAAGAUCCGCCUCUCGAAAGUUUGAGGCAUACGAUUUCAUUGAUGUCGAUCGGUUAUAUAAUUGGUGAUUUGGGCCUAGUGACACUUGCUGCUCUUCGAUCGAAAUUACUGGGUAAGCUCGCGAAUGAUAUUAAAUUCUUCACGCGAGUGGAAGAGCUCAAUGAAUUGGCAUGGCAGGAUUUAGAUCUUGUGCAAAAUCCAAGGAUUAUCUUCGCCAUGGCUAAUGAGUUUUACGGCACGCCUGAGAUUCGUGUAAGCUGACGCAUCGAUUAAUUAUACUGUUCAAUAAAAAUUUAAUUUUUGACAAAAAAUGAGGAUUUACAUAGUUUUUAGGUAUUGAAUACAAUUGCGUUUGAAUAUAAUCCAAAUUACUCUAUCACGUCAAU